AUGCGAUAUUCGGUUUACGUUGUGUCUCUGCAGUUGAAGGGAUUCUUAACUGCUCUUGGCAUCUUCCGCUUCUUCUUUAUCAUUGGUCUUUUACCAAUUGUACAUACACAGAUUCAUAUAAAUCUCGAUUGGUCUGAUGUGAAAAAGACGCAAAAGUCAGCUUCCACUGAAGAAAUUGGAUCUCAGCAAGCUGAGCGGUUCUACGAUAUUACACCUCGUUUACGAGCCGAAGGACUGUGGUCGCUGUGCCGUCGUGGACAGUCAUAUGUUCAGUUAGGAACGUGCUCCAGUCAUUUCAUCGAAUGUGCUCGUCAUGGUAGUGGCUUCGCCGUCAGAAGUUGUCCGUUUAGAUCAUAUGUGUUCAUGAGAGGAAAAUGUUUGCCGGCGCAAAAAUUCCCACUAUGUCGAGAGUACUCUUCAAACACACUUAACGAAGAGACACAGGACUUGAUUAAAACGGAGUCUUUCUGCGCCAAUGGCGCUGGAAUCUAUCGAGGAGACAACGGUCAACAGGACGAUGCCUGUUCUCGACAAGCUUUCAUUUGCCAUCCUAACGGAAGAGAUGUGAUUUCUAUAUCAUGCGCUGUCGGGCAGUCAGUAACAGACAACCUUGAAUGUGUCCCUGCUCCUAAGUGGUGUCCAUCGGAAUUGCAUAUAACGGCACCAAUUCGCCAGUUCUUCCUGCAAAGGACUUGUCAUGCCAGUUUAAGACGCAGAUUUCCCAAAAUCAAGAGUGAACGUGAGCACAAGAGAGCUCAGUAUCAACCAGAGACGCCGUGCAAAACCUGCGGGCAUGAGUGGGAAUCGGUGUCACUAGAGAAGUGUGGACGACAGUUUAUCUACUGUGAAGGCUCUGUUGCUACGCUUUAUACAUGUGAAGAAGGAAUGGUCUUCAACGGCGAUUGCACUCGUAGAGAAGAAGUCGAUGGUUGCGGAGUGUGUGAAAAAGGACAACGACGACGGGCAAAUUCUUGUCAUGAGUACUACGAGUGUGAUCAUUCAACAAAAUCCGGUCUAAUGUGGCAGCUAAGGAAAUGCCCGGACGGUGAAGCGCUAAACUAUGCCAUAAACAUCUGCCAGAAGAACUACACCUGUGCGAAGAGGACCACAAGAAUCGUCCAUCAAUAUCCGUCAACAUGUGACCGAUUUACCGAAUGUCUUCAUGGAAAGUGGGUCGAUCUCAAAUGUCCUGCUGGAUACAUCUAUGAUGUGAAGACGAUGAGCUGUUCACCCGGUGGAUGUCGUGAACGGCGAGAAUUUACUCAAGUACUUUCUCCUCCUACGGCGCUCGAAGAGCCAUUUUCUACAGCUCAACGUCAGCAGCAUUUCCAGGCGCUACCAGCGUUUUUUCCAGUUCCACCUCAAGACGAUUUUGAGAAUGAGCCAGCACCUCCUCCAGUUCCACCUCGGCGGCAUUUCCAGGUGGUGCCAGCGAAUGUUCCAGCUCAACCUCAAGAUGAUUUCGACAGUGAGCCAGCACCUCCUCCAGCUACACCUCGACGGCAUUACCAGACGGUACCGGCGUAUCCUACAGCUCCACCUCAAGACGAUUUUGAGAAUGAGCCAGCACCUCCUCCAGCUACACCUCGACGGCAUUACCAGACGGUACCGGCGUAUCCUACAGCUCCACCUCAAGACGAUUUUGAGAAUGAGCCAGCACCUCCUCCAGCUACACCUCGACGGCAUUACCAGACGGUACUGGCGUAUCCUACAGCUCCACCUCAAGACGAUUUUGAGAAUGAGCCAGCACCUCCUCCAGUUCCACCUCGGCGGCAUUUCCAGGUGGUGCCAGCGUAUCUUCCAGCUCAACCUCAAGAUGAUUUCGACAGUGAGCCAGCACCUCCUCCAGCUACACCUCGACGGCAUUACCAGACGGUACCGGCGUAUCCUACAGCUCCACCUCAAGACGAUUUUGAGAAUGAGCCAGCACCUCCUCCAGUUCCACCUCGGCGGCAUUUCCAGGUGGUGCCAGCGUAUCUUCCAGCUCAACCUCAAGAUGAUUUCGACAGUGAGCCAGCACUUCCACCAGCUCCUCCUCGGCGGCAUUUCCGGAUGGUGCCAGCGUCUCCUCCAGCUCCACCUCAAGACGACUUCGACAAUGAGCCAACACUUCCUCCAGCCCCACCUCUGCGACAUCUGCAGACGGUGCCAGCCUCUCCUCCAUCUCCACACCAAGAUCAUUUUGAGACUCUGUCAGCACUUCCUCCUGCUCCACCUCCACUCGACGGUGUACCACAUUUCGUCGCUCCAUCAUGCGUGGGUAAUAUCAGCCUCGCCGACGAAUAUGAUUGUGCUCGAUAUUGGGAAUGUAGAUCAUCGGGAAGAUUCCAAAGUCGAGCUUGUCCUAUUGGUUACAUCUACGACAUUUAUAAGAAGCACUGCGUACCAGGGACUUGCUAUCGAGGUCGCUGGAUCAAUGCUCGGUGUGGCCAUGGCAAACGGUUUUUCAACGGUAAGUGCACCGACGAGGAUUGCGCGAAAUCGGAUUUACAAGACCAGUAUUACUCGGCAAUUCAAUGUCGUAGUGGAGCCGUUAGACCACAUCCAUCUAAUCAGAAGCUGUACAUUUUCUGCUACUAUGGGGUGUGGACGGAACGCGCUUGUCUAGAAAAAGAAGCGGUUUUUGACUUCAAGAUACUCGGAUGCACAUCAGUUUACCAUGCAGCUCCCAUCGAAGACUAUAAGCCGCGGUGCUACGAGGGUAACACAAAGGCUCUACCCCGAUACUGUUCACUCUACGAGGAAUCAUCGCGCGUAAAUGGUUAUCGAAGAGUACCACAUGAUUGUUCCAAGUACUAUCAAUGUGUUCAUGGGAAAUGGGUGGAGCGACCGUGUGCCCCAGGCACAGUGUUUAAUGAACGAAUUUCCGUCUGCGACCACGCUGCGAAUGUGCCAGAAUGCGGUGGAAUACAUUACGUAGCCAGUACUUAA